UCAUAAUCACAGUUCUCUCUCGGGUUAUUUAAGCCACCGGCGAGCCAACUUCCGGUCAGAAAACGGCCGGCGAUUUGGAGGAAAGAUCGAAUUUUGAAACCAUUUUCCUUCAAUUCAAAGAUGGAGAACUCAACCCAAGGCUCGAAUCUCAGAUCCGAGAAUUCCGUGACCUAUGAGUCUCCCUACCCCAUUUUCGCCAUGGCCGUUUCCUCCUUCGCCGGCGGCGCCCACCAUGGACUUCGGCGACGCAGCGUCGCCGUCGGCAGCUUCCUCGAAGAGUACAAAAACCGGGUCGAAAUCCUCUCCUUCGAAGAAGACACUGUAACUCUCAAAACCAACCCGGGUUUAGCCUUCGAUCACCCUUACCCUCCCACGAAACUAAUGUUUCACCCUAAUCCCACGGCCUCAAUGAAAUCCACCGAUCUUCUAGUCUCCUCCGGCGACUAUCUCCGUCUCUGGGAGGUUCGAGAAGCUUCGAUUGAACCCAUUUCGACUCUCAACAAUAGCAAAACCAGUGAAUACUGCGCCCCAUUGACCUCCUUCGAUUGGAACGAGGUUGAGCCGCGGCGAAUCGGAACCUCAAGCAUCGAUACCACGUGUACGAUUUGGGACAUCGAGAAAGGCGUGGUGGAAACCCAAUUAAUCGCCCACGAUAAAGAGGUGUACGACAUAGCCUGGGGGGAAUCCGGGGUUUUCGCGUCCGUUUCAGCUGACGGGUCGGUUCGGAUCUUCGAUUUGAGAGACAAAGAACACUCCACAAUCAUAUACGAGAGCCCCCACCCGGACACCCCUUUGCUCAGAUUGGCUUGGAACAAGCAAGAUUUAAGGUACAUGGCGACAAUAUUAAUGGACAGUAAUAAAGUUGUAAUCUUGGACAUUAGGUCCCCUGCAAUGCCCGUGGCUGAGCUGGAGAGACACAAUGCUAGUGUGAACGCCAUUGCUUGGGCUCCUCAGAGCUCCAGGCACAUUUCCUCUGCUGGAGAUGAUGGGCAAGCCCUAAUUUGGGAAUUGCCCACAGUUGCAGGCCCUAAUGGGAUUGACCCCAUGUCAAUGUACUCAGCUGGGGCUGAGAUUAACCAGCUUCAGUGGUCUGCUGCACAGCCUGAUUGGAUUGCCAUCGCGUUUUCUAACAAGCUUCAGAUGCUAAAAGUGUAAGGAGAUGAUAAAGCUAGGUUUUGUAGCAGCAGGAACAGAACUAUCAGUUGUAGUUAAUGGGGUAGUUAUGUAUUGUUAAGUAGUGUGUUUGGUAUGUGUCUGAAAUUGGUUAUCUGUUAAUGGGUUUGUUGAAUGUUGGAACUUGUAUUAGUGUAUUGCUCCCACUUGAUUAAUGUAAUUUCUUGAAUAAGAUUAUAUUCUGUCAUU